AUGCUGAAUCGGGUACGUGACCCAGCAGCACACGUCAAAACGAAGCCUCCGCUGACAUCACAGAAACCGGAACCGCUGGUCCGGACAGAAUGGGCCCGAUUCAUUUGCGGUGGUAUCGCGGGCACGGUGUCUCGCACAAUGACUGCACCAAUCGAUCGAUUGAAGGUGCUCCGACAAACUGGAGUCCCAGAAGUGGCCGGCAAGAAUAUGCUUCAAAGUUGGCGCAUUAUGAUUAUCGAGGGUGGUGUGGUUUCCUUGUGGCGAGGCAAUGGAGUAAACGUGCUGAAAAACUGUCCGGAAAGUGCAAUCCGAUUCGGUAUGCACGGUUGGCUCAAAUCGAUCCUGUUCCCAGAGGUCCAAGGUCAGCUCAAACCGGAACAGCGCCUUUUGGUCGCUGGUCUGGCCGGAGCGGCCUCUCUCACUUGUACAUAUCCUGUUGAAGAGGAAGCCUAUCUGGAUGCCUUCACGGUGGAAACAUUACCUCUCGAUUAG